UUCCAUUCUCAUUUAGUCAUUUUCUAUUAUGGUGGUGUCUCAUUGACUACUAUCUUUAUCAGCAAAGAACUCAUUAACUAAAUUUAGUCUCAUCUUGUUAGAUUUUCAGACGAUUAGGUGCAGGUCCUUGCUGGGAGUCAUUUUGUCAAAACUUAUAUAUGCAACGAUUUUUCCUAUUGCUUCUUCUAAAAUGAUAUGGUGGAGUGAACCAACUACUAACUGAAAUUUUAAACUUAGGAUAAAUGCUUCAACCAAUUUGCUUAAGGUUAAUUUUGUUUAAUUUAUCCAUUUGGUUUCUUUCUUGAUUUGUCCUAGUAUGAUGUUAAGCCAAUCAUGCUUUAAUGGUUGUGAUUUUCAAGCUCACUUCUGCAUCUAUGUACUUCUGCAAUUGUUUUCUUUAGCUUCUCCUUUGAUGUUUUUGAAAGAUCACCACAGAAACGGGAAAAAGAAACUCACCAUGUCACUGAGUGGUAUGGCAUUGGUUGCCAUAACCAGUCCACUUGGUUGCAUAUUUGCUCUUAGACACUCUGGCACUUGUCAUGGUGCUACUGCAGAAGGGAUAUCAUGACGCAAGCUGCUUUUUCUUGGAGAUGCUAUUCAACAGAGGUUGUCUGGUUAAAGUUUCUCUUACUUUGAACCUACAGAAAAUUUAUAUAUGUUGGAGAAAGAAAUCUACAGAUUGAAAUCAAUUUUUUUAAAUAUAAUUAGAAAAUCUACCCGUUGGAUUUAUUGACUGACGGUUUCACCAUGGAAAUCGGCACUACUAGUAUAGCUACCGCGUCCUUUUAUUGGAUUACCAUUAGCCUGAUGUCUCCUUUCCAUGAAGCAAUAUCUUCUUAGGCCAACAGGCCCAACACACACUCUAUUUCCCCUAACAGGAGAUGCUUUGAACAUUUUGUUUUGAUAUUUAAAUAGGCUAAACUCCAUAGCAUCAUGUAUAUUAAUUUUUUUAUGGCCAAUACCUUCAAGAA